AUGGAAAGCAACAAAAUUGACGAAUCUUCAAAUGCAAAAUCAUGUUCAAAAUUUGAUAUUUCUUUAAAUAAUCAUCAAAAUGUAGAAAAAAUAGACAAACGCGGAAAAGGAAAAACAAAAGGAGGAGUUGGAAGUGAUUCACCGGGUAAAUCAAUAGCAACAUCGAGAAAUUCGCUGACUCCAAGAAUUCGACGAACCGAUCGAGAUUAUACAACAAUGUUACCAAUUGAUGAAGUAUUUCGAAAAAGAUGGCAUGUUGAAGGAAUUAUUGGAAAAGGUGGAUAUGGUGAAAUAUAUUUGGCAAUUGAUAUGAAAAGAACUGAAGAAGUUGCAAUUAAAGUUGAACCAAAAAAUAAGACGAGGAAAAUUAGCAAAACGAAUGAUUUUGGAACAAAAGGUUCUAGUGAAAAUGCAAGGAAAACCACAUGUUCCAUUGGUUUUUGCAUCAGGACACACUGAUAAAAUCAAUUUCUUCGGUAAGUUACUCAAUGAUUAGAAGUCUCUAACUUGACAAUUUUCCAGUUAUGCAGUUAUUGAGUAUAAAUCUUGGUGAACUUCGAAGAUCAAGUCCAGUGCGAAAAUUGAGCAAAUCAACAACAGGAAGAAUAUUAAUUCAAGCAAUUGCAGCACUUCGUGAUUUACACGAUGUUGGUUAUAUUCAUCGAGAUGUAAAAGCAGCAAACAUGUGUUUUGGAAUAACUCCAAAAAAUCGGCAUGUUUUGAUGUUAGUCGAUUUCGGUCUCAUUCGUCGUUAUAAAUGUGAAAAUGGCGAAUGGCGAGAACAAAGAUCACAUGCCGGAUUUCGUGGAACUCAUCGAUAUGUUUCUGUUCGUGUUCAUUCAAGAAUGGAACAAACACCAAGUGAUGAUAUUGUUUCAUUACUUUAUACAGGUUAUGAGCUCAUGAUUGGUGAUUUACCUUGGAAAAAUAUGGAGAAAAGUGAGGAUAUUAGAAAGUUAAAAGAAGCCAUGGUAAUUAAUUCGAAAAGGGGAUUUUUUGUUUUCAAACAUUUUAAAUUUCAGCAACAUCGAAACACAAAUUAUUUCGCGACAAGUGAACUUUCCGAAUUUGCCAAAGCUGUUUUCAGUCUCGAUUUUACAGUGGAUCCGCCUUACAAACAAUUACAAAAUAGUUUAAAAUCAUUGAUUGGCUCGAAAAAACUGAACGACCUUUACGAUUGGGAAGAAGAAUAUAAAGAGGCUAUUGAAGAAUCUCAUGAAUCAGAUCAUGAUAGUGGAAAAUAA